AUGGAUGUCCCGUGUGACUACAGCUACUGCUCCCUGGCCUCCAGCAUGAAGGACGCAGAGCCCGGAGACUCGCUGGGCUCCUUCUUCUCCAGCUUCCUGGAGGAGAGGCUGUCGAGCAACCGGAGCAACGCGUCCUUGCAGGAGCUCUGGAGGAGCCUCGUCCACCUGGAGCGAGCCGAUGGGCCGCAGGGGAGCGGCUCGCUUGUCCUGAGGGUCUUCAUCUCCAUCAUCUACUCCGUGGUGUGUGCCCUGGGGCUAGUGGGGAACCUUCUCGUGCUCUACCUGAUGAAAAGCAAGCAAGGCUGGAAAAAGUCCUCCAUCAACCUCUUUGUGACCUGCCUGGCCGCCACUGACUUCCAGUUUGUGCUGACCCUGCCCUUCUGGGCGGUGGAGAACGCCUUGGACUUCACCUGGCUCUUUGGCAACGCCAUGUGCAAGAUCCUCUCCUACGUGACCACGGUGAGCAUGUAUGCCAGCGUCUUCUUCCUCACAGCCAUGAGCAUGGCACGCUACCACUCAGUGGCCUCCGCCCUGAAGAGCAAAAGGCCCGGCGGACUUUGUGGGGGAUGCACUUCGGCCAAGUGGCUGUGCUUCCUCAUCUGGCUGGUGGCCAUCCUGGCUUCCCUGCCCACUGGCAUCUACUCCACCACCUCCACCAUCUACACGGAGGAGGAGUUCUGCCUGGUCAAGUUCCCCGACAGCCAAGGCAACAAUACCCCCUUCUGGCUGGGGCUGUACCAUGCCCAGAAGGUGCUGCUGGGCUUCCUCUUGCCCCUGGGCAUCAUCACCCUCUGCUACUUGUUGCUGGUGCGCUUCAUCAGCGACAGGCACAUGGGCGCCAGCUCCUGCGGUCCCAGCACCAAGCGCCGGUCCAAGGUGACGAAAUCGGUGACCAUUGUGGUGCUCUCCUUCUUCCUUUGCUGGCUUCCCAACCAGGCGCUUACCAUCUGGGGCAUUUUCAUCAAGCUCAACGUGCUGCCCUUCAGCAAUGCCUACUUCUUCUCCCAGACCUACCUGUUCCCCAUCACCAUCUGCCUGGCCUACUCCAACAGCUGCCUCAACCCCAUCUUCUACUGCCUCAUGCGCAGGGAGUUCCGCAAGGCCCUCAAGAAGUUGCUGUGGAGGAUCACUUCGCCUUCGCUCACGGCCAUGCGCCCCUUCACCGCCACCACCAAGCCCGAGCAUGAGGAGCAAGCCUUGCACACCUUGAUGCCCAUUGACCCCAGGGCUGUUUCUGCUGCUCCAGCUGCUCCUGCAGCAGUCAGCUUGCCUGACAUCAUCUCAUAUCCCCCCGGGGUGGUGGUCUACAGUAGCCGCUCUGACUUCUUGCCCACCACCACCUCGGCUGAACUGCAUUUAUAA